AUGGAUGGUGUUGAGGAAGAGAACAUUGAUGAAACUGAAUAUUAUGCAUGGAACGAGUUGAGACUUCAUCCUCUUUUAAUGAAAGCAAUACACAAGUUGGGAUUCAAGGAACCAACACCGAUACAAAAAGCUUGUAUUCCGGCUGCUGCUCACCAAGGAAAGGAUGUUAUUGGGGCUGCAGAGACAGGAUCCGGUAAAACACUUUCAUUUGGUUUGCCCAUUUUGCAACGUCUUUUGGAGGAGCGCGAGAAGGCUUCAAAUGGGGUCGGUGAAAAAGGAAGAAGCUGCGGCGCGAGAGGAAGAAGAGAGAAGCAUUUAAAAAGCUGA